CGCACGCUUUCUUGCCUAAGAAAAUCCGCCCCCCGCCGCCGCUCCCCGCUUCUUGGCCGCCGCCGCCGCUCUCUCGGAGAGAGGAAAUCGUCCGGAGGCUGCCAGCCUGCUAGCGAGAGAAGGAGAGUUUUUUUCUUCGCUGCUAGGGGUUGGGUCGAGAAGAGGGGAAGCAAAGGGGGGUGGGAUUCGUGAGAUCGAAAUUGGAUCACGCGGGGGCGCGCUCGGGAUUGGGGGAUUCCAAACACAGCUUCGUUGAAUUUAAGUGGAUGUACUAAUGGAGUCAAAGGGUGGCAAAAAGAAGUCUAGCAGUAGUCGUUCCUUGAUGUAUGAAGCUCCCCUUGGAUACAGCAUUGAGGAUGUUCGACCUGCCGGAGGCGUGAAGAAGUUCCAGUCUGCUGCUUACUCCAACUGCGCGAAGAAGCCAUCCUGAUAGCCCUUUCGGCUUCUCCAUCCUAGUAGUUUAGUGAUUUCCCUGCAUUUCCAUUUUGGCACUUUUCUUCUGACCUAUCUCUCUGGCUGCUGCUUCCUGAUAAUCGACCAGUCCUCUAGUCUUGCUCCCUGCACUCCUCCAUUCUCCAUCUCUGGCACAGUUUUCUGAUCGACCUGCUCCAAUGGGUGUCCUGUCUGUUGCUGACCCUCCCCCAGUCUCAGCGAUUGGGUUUGAGGGCUAUGAGAAGCGCCUUGAGAUCACCUUCUCUGAGGCGCCUGUCUUUGCUGACCCUAAUGGCCGGGGUUUGCGCGCCCUCUCCAGGGCCCAGAUUGACUCUGUUCUGGAUAUUGCACGGUGCACCAUCGUGUCUGAGCUGUCCAACAAGGAUUUUGACUCCUAUGUCCUCUCUGAGUCCAGCCUAUUUAUCUAUACUCAUAAGAUUGUGAUCAAGACUUGUGGGACUACCAAGCUUCUGCUCACCAUUCCAAGGAUUCUUGAGCUUGCUGAAGGGCUGUCCAUGCCACUUGCUGCUGUGAAGUACUCCCGUGGGAUGUUCAUCUUCCCCAGUGCACAGCCUGCCCCCCACAGGAGCUUCUCCGAGGAAGUUGCUAUCCUGAACCGCUACUUUGGUGACCUGAAAUCUGGUGGUAAUGCUUAUGUGAUUGGAGAUCCAGCAAAGCCUGGCCAGAAGUGGCAUAUCUACUAUGCCACCCAGCACCCAGAGCAACCUAUGGUUACCCUUGAGAUGUGCAUGACCGGAUUGGACAAGAAGAAAGCUUCAGUCUUUUUCAAGACCUCUGCUGAUGGCCACACUUCAUGUGCUAAGGAAAUGACAAAGCUAUCGGGCAUCUCUGACAUUAUCCCAGAGAUGGAGAUUUGCGACUUUGACUUUGAACCCUGUGGCUACUCCAUGAAUGCAAUCCAUGGCUCUGCAUUCUCUACCAUUCAUGUGACCCCGGAGGAUGGCUUCAGCUAUGCCAGUUAUGAGGUUAUGGGCUUUGAUGCAUCUGCUCUUACUUAUGGUGACCUGGUGAAGAGGGUCCUCAGGUGCUUCGGCCCUUCCGAGUUCUCUGUUGCUGUUACCAUCUUUGGUGGGCAUGGCCAUGCUGGAACAUGGGCAAAGGAGCUCAAUGCUGAUGCUUACAAAUGCAAUAACAUGGUAGAGCAGGAGCUGCCCUGUGGCGGCCUCCUCAUCUACCAGACCUUUGACGCUACUGAAGACGUUGCUGUUGUUGGAUCGCCCAAAUCUGUCCUUCACUGCUUUGAGGCCGAGAAUAUGGUGAACCCUGCUCCUGUUAAGGACGGUAAACUGCGCAAUCUUCUCUCCUGGGGAGAGGAUGCAUUGGAGGAGACGGAUGGAGUGUAAGACGAGUAAGACGGGACCUCUGGUGACGAUUUAGUGCUUUGUUUUCGUUCGUGGCAUUUUUAUUUGUUGAGGUUGUCGUUUGGUUAUUCUGUGAAGCAGCCAGCCAGGCUAUUAGUAUUUUCGUUUGUAAGCAUGUGCUCCUGCUCUUGCGACAUGUGCUUGGUCUAAAUAAUAAUGGUAAAUUGAAAGCUCUAGGUGGUCAGCUGCGUCUACCACAAUGAGCAUGCGUCUGGAGAAAUGUUGUCAAAACAUAUGAAUAACUAUUUGCUGUGGAAUUUCCUUGUCUUUACAAUUCA